GAGAAGCUGACAAAGUGUGUCAGCGACUUCAAGAAAGCCACCAACCAGAUGAAGAACCUGGUGGAAAGGAAGGCGAGGCUCCAAGCCAAAGCCGACAAGCUCAAGCAGGAGCUGGAAAAGCUUAUUGGCGACGUGGACCAGGUGGACAAGGACAUCAUCGCCAAGGACGCGGAGAUCCAGGAGACUGCCAAGGCCUUCAAGGACAUGACGGCGGACUCCACGAGCACUGCUUUCGUUGCCCUGGAAUCCGUCCUUGCCGAAGCGGGGCAUGAGCUCUCGGAAGCCACUCGUGCCAAGAUGAAGGCGGCGAUGGUUGGCAAGGAAGACCUCUGUGAGGACCCCUUCCUGGCGCGCUUCAAUGGGCCGACUGAGUUUCUCCCAAGAGAGCUGCCCGGAGCCUAUGGCCCUGCCCGGACGGAUGGGCACGGCAGGAAAUCUCCUUUAAACAGCGCGGCAGUGGAACUCCACCCGCCAAUACCAGCGCCGAUGUACCAACAGGCGCUGUUUGUCGCCACUGUGGGCACA